AUGGAUCUCGACGAUGACGUACCUCCGGAGCUCGUUGACACGGCCGUCGCGGCUCCGGAUGAGGAACUCACUAUCAAAGUCCCCAUCACAAUAGUCACCGGCUAUCUCGGAGCUGGAAAGACAACGCUGCUCAAUUACAUCCUCACAGCGGAGCAUGGCAAGAAGAUUGCCGUCAUCAUGAAUGAAUUCGGAGACUCACUUGACAUCGAAAAGUCCUUGACCGUAAACAAGGGCGACGAGAAGGUCGAGGAGUGGCUCGAAGUGGGCAACGGUUGCAUAUGUUGCUCCGUCAAAGACACGGGAGUGAACGCCAUCGAGUCUCUGAUGGAGAAGAAGGGCGCCUUUGACUACAUUCUUCUUGAGACGACCGGCCUUGCAGACCCAGGCAACCUAGCGCCCCUGUUCUGGGUUGACGACGGUUUGGGGAGUACGAUAUACCUCGACGGCAUCGUAACCUUGGUGGAUGCCAAGAACAUCUUGCGCAGUCUCGACGACCCCAGCGGCAAGGUGGAGGGGCAUGAUCACCGCGACGACCACGGCCCGUUGAUGACCACGGCUCACGUGCAAAUCUCACACGCCGAUGUCAUUGUCAUCAACAAAUCCGACCUCGUCAGCCCAGAGGAGCUCCAGAGAGUUCGCGAGAGGAUGGAGUCCAUCAACGGCCUCGCCAAGGUUCACGUCACCGAGAAGAGCGCCGUCCCUCACCUGGAGGGGUUCCUACUGGAUCUACAUGCAUAUGACCAGUUUAAUGAGGCGGAGGCCAAGAUCAAGGGCCACAGUCACCUGGAUCCGACGAUAUCAACCAUUUCGAUACCAGUGCCUAGACUGCGCCCGGACCAGCUGGAGGCCGUUGACCGCUGGCUGCGGUCUGUGCUGUGGGACAACCAACUCCCAGGCACAGAUGGGGAGGGCGGCUUUGAGAUUCACAGGUCCAAGGGCCGCAUUGUACUGCAGAGUGGCGAGGUGAAGAUGAUGCAAGGCGUGCGGGAGGUGUUUGAGCUGAUCGACGCCCCAGACGGCGCGCCUGCCUCAGAGGGCCAGGAGGGGAAGAUCAUCUUUAUCGGCAGGAAGGUGGCCGACGUAGACUUCGAGGCCAGCUUUAGACGAGCGGUGCAAUGA